CUGACCUUUGAGAAUUUAGUGACCAAACAAGUGCUUGUCGUCAAGGCACAUAUUUGAAGCGCGCCUUCCUUUACAUGAAGCCUUUAUGCUCUGCUUAAAGAUGACCAAGAACACUGCAAGUACAAAGUGAAUGAGCCAAAAUCAUAUAACCUAUCUAAAGAAUGAAAAGCUGGAUUAUACUGCUGGCUGUUGUAGCCAGCACAGCAGAAACACAAAAACAGGAUGUCUGCACCCAAGGGUAUCCUGGCAUCCCUGGCAAUCCUGGGCACAAUGGCACACCUGGUCGUGAUGGACGUGACGGUUCAAAAGGCGACAAGGGAGAUAGAGGUGAAGCAGGACUUCCUGGCAGCCCAGGGAAAGAUGGGGCAAAUGGAGAGAAAGGUGAACAAGGAGCAAAUGGGACUGUUGAAGAAAAGGGAAACAAAGGAGAUAAAGGAGAAAGAGGACGACCUGGGAAACUGGGACCAAAAGGAAUUAUAGGAUCAGUGGGUUACAAGGGCCAGAAGGGAGAGCUGGGACUUCAAGGUCAAAAGGGAUUAAAAGGAGACAUUGGGCCCAUAGGUCCAAAAGGGACAAAGGGUGACAUUGGCCAUCCUGGAAGAGUUGGCUUCCCAGGGCCAAUUGGCCCAACUGGUAAUCCAGGACCUAAAGGUAAUACUGGAGAUCUGGGGCCACAGGGUAAUCCAGGAGUUCAGGGGGAAAGAGGCUUGAAAGGAGACAGAGGAGAGAAGGGGAACGUAGGUGCCCCAGCAGUCCUGCCAAGGAGUGCUUUUAGCGUCGGCCUUACAAUCACCACCAAAUUUCCUCCUCCGAAUCGCCCGAUCAAGUUUGACAAGGUGCUGUAUAAUAGUCUAAAUGACUACAACUCAGCUACUGGCAAAUUCACCUGCAAAUACCCCGGUGUUUACUAUUUCACCUACCACAUCACUGUCUACUCGAGGAACGUCCGAGUAGCUCUAGUUAAAAACGGCAUCAAGAUGCUGCACACAGUGGACAGGUACCAGAGUGGAGAGGACCAGGCCUCGGGAGCCGCCAUCCUCGAGCUGCAGGGAGGAGAUGAGGUGUGGCUGCAGGCUCACCAAGGAGAGACUUUCAACGGGCUGUUUGCAGACGCUGAUGAUGAUACCACCUUCUCUGGGUUCCUCCUGUUCAGCACCUCUGACCUGCUGGAGCCGCUGCCAUCGCCCGCCACUUAACUCCAUGUUAAUACUGUGUGUCUGUGUCCUUCAGCCCUUCCUAAUAAAGUUGUUAUCUGCUGGCCAGUUUCUUCUGGAUUCCACAGAAAACAGAAAUCACCCAGGAAGUAUGUUGAGGGCCAAAAGGGAGAUGUUGGGACCAGCCACAGGGCAGGUUGGGACCAGCCAGGCAUCUCCAUAAAAGUCCUAAAAGUUGAUUACUUUUUAUGUUUGUUUUUGUUUUGUUUUCUUUUUAACUGAAGUCAUCACAUUGGGAAGGUGUAGGGUCACACUACCUGUGUCUGUAGGAAACCAGGCCUCAUAAUGCACACAACGGCUCAUUGCAUAACUUACUGUGCUGAAGUUUUUAUGACCAGCUGCUAAAACAAAGCUUAAGGCUUCAAAGCCAUACUCAGAAGAGUUUGAAAUAAACACUUUCUUG